AAGGCAAAAAUUUUUGUUUUUAUUUUCUACGGCUUUUACACAUCAUGGACUUCCCGGUUAAUAUAAUUUCGGCUAGUGCUUUCGGUUCUUUUGGCGACAUAUAUAGGUUCGAGGAUGGCAGCGGAGAUGCGCGUGGUCCAUUGUUAUUGGGCAGAAGCAGCUACUGUGGAUUCCGCAGAGUUCAAGGUCAAGGGCUAGACCAGAACGAAACUGAAGAAGGUGGCGUUGGUGGACAUCGUGACGUGAGUAGACGCCACAGUGUGACCACAAUGGCAACGGCCACAACCAUGGCGGCAUCUUCAACCAUGAUAUUGAGCUCGAGGUCAAGUCGUUUGGGGAUAGCCGAAAUGAACAGAAAUGUGGUUCAGCCAUCGAUGGAUAUUGGUGAACAGCGACAACAACAAUAUCAUCGACAACAGACUGGCAUAUCCAUGAGCUUCAGUAUGUUAUUGGCUAGGAGUUUGACAGAGGAACCGACACGUAUGAAUCCAAAUAUAUUACCGUCCGUUGAUGGUGUCCCGUUCAUUAUGCUCGGGCAAGAGCGAUUCGAACUGGAACCUGAGGCGAUCUUUGUGCUGGGCAUGCGUCUGAGUGUGACGAAAAAUGCUAUUCUCAUGUUCUUUAGUUCCGUGGGAAUGUUCGCUGUCGACCAUGCGAGUAAACCAAGGAUUUUUGUGUACAAAAAUAAGCAAAAUGGACGAUCAAAGGGUGAGGCGACCAUUACAUAUGUAUAUAAGUCCGUUCAUGGCGGAAAUGGCCAUUAGAUGCCUGAAUAGCAGCAAAUUUAUGGGAGAAACUGUAACGGUUUUACCAGCAUAUCUAUCAACGCGCAAGGGUCGUGGCAUCCGCUUUAGAUAUCCUCGAGAGUUCGCUCCAUCGAACAAUCGGGAACACCAACAGGAUCGGCAGCAGCUGAAUCGUCAACGUCGACCCCGUAAAUGAAGACCGGCUCGUGACAAUUGGUACAGCAAUUUUGUUUGGCGCUCCAAUUGCAAUCGUUGCAAGGCCAGCAAAUCGGAGUAUGCAGCCGGACCCCUUUUCAGUGGUUCACCAUCUUUCAUGAGGGUGGCUCGCCGUUGGCGCAUUCAUAAGACCGACUGGGAAUGCUGCUACUGUUUCAAUAAGAAUUUCUGGUAUCGUCAGAGAUGUAAUCGGUGUCGUGCUCCCAAGGCUGUUGAUACGCCAUAACCCGUCACCCCACCCCGAUCGGACAAAUGGGAAUUGAAGCUUGGCAGUGAUUAGGGAGGGUCCAAUACACUGAGGGUAUUCAAAAUUUAUAAGUGUUAUUUGCAAGUCAUAGUUAUCAAGUGUUCUCACAGGCAAGCCAAAUCCGUAUGCAUCAUGAAUGGAAAGAAUAUCCAAAUUCUUUGUGAAGUGAAUCCAUUUACAAUAAAUGAUUUCAUAUAUUCACAUAUUAUUAACUUUUCAAACAGAAUAAAUGUAUAAAGAGAGUAUUACCUCUCAAGUCAACUAUUACUGAAGGUCCAUUGGUUAGCUGUCCUAGCACUCCUAGCAGUGUUACUCCUAGAAAGCCUGUAGGUCGUAAAAACCAUUCAGAAUAUCAAGUCUCAGAGAUGGAACUUGAGUUCAAAUCAAAUAUGUAUUUGACCCCAGAAAGUUUAAGUUGGGGCCAUUUGAAACUCCGGUUUGCCUUCAAAUUCAACAAAUACAUACAUAUAUAGUUUUACAUGA